GCGUUUUGUGAAAUAGUCAUCAUUGCUUGAAGCGUAGUAACAGGACGCAUGGCUGCCAAUAGGGUACUCGUUUACGGAGGAAGAGGCGCACUGGGUAGCAAAAUUGUUCAGCACUUUAAAUCUAAAGGAUGGUGGGUAGCAAGCAUCGAUAUCGUUGCCAAUGAGGAGGCGAACGUGAAUGUGCUGGUUAAGUUGUCCGAGUCAUUUACCGAGCAAGCUGGACAGGUGACAGCAGAUGUGGCCCAGUUGCUAGGGGACCAGAAAGUUGAAGCCAUCUUGUGCGUGGCAGGCGGAUGGGCGGGUGGAAAUUGCAGCUCCAAAGACCUGUACAAAAACUGUGACAUGAUGUGGAAGCAGAGUGUUUGGACUUCGACCAUCUCUAGUCACCUGGCUGCUUUGCACCUAAAGCAAGGGGGGCUCCUCACCCUGGCUGGAGCCAAAGCAUCACUGUCUGGCACUAGUGGCAUGGUGGGCUAUGGCAUGGCCAAGGCGGCAGUCCAUCAGCUGUGCCAGAGUUUGGCGGGGGAAGACAGUGGUAUGCCUCCUGGAGCAGUGGCAGUGGCCAUACUACCGGUAACCUUGGAUACUCCAAUGAACCGGAGGUUCAUGCCUGACGCAGACUUUGGUUCCUGGACACCGCUGGAGUACAUUUCAGAAACUUUCUUCCGUUGGGCCACCGGUGAGGAUCGUCCUGCUUCUGGCAGUCUGAUACAGCUCACCACCUCGGGAGGCGAGACCCAGGCCCUGCCAAUGCAUUAAAGGAGAGAGAGGUGUAGAGGGGGAGAAAAGCAGUAGCAGGGAGGGUCGAAGUGAGUCAGAAGGAGAAGGAGAACUGAGGUAUGGUUUAUCAAGCCAGGAUGAAGCAGAAAGAUUUAUGGGUAGACAGAGAUGGAGGAAGAGGAGGGAGGGGAAUGGGAGAGGUAGGGAAAGAGGAGUGGAAUCAGAAUGACUGAAGUAGUUGAAAGGUGAGCAGGGAUGCUUUCCCUCGUAGUCCAAUUCCACCAUCUAGUGGUUGAAUCAAACAAUUGCAGAGGAAACAUAAAUCGUAUGUACAUUUACUACUUUUUAGCUCUGUAACUUAGGCCCUCUUUUACAACAUAAUUGAUGGCAUCCAAAGAUGAAGUAAGCCGCUGUCAUACUGUCGAACGUACAAUGCAUUUCAAUUGAGUGGCCUUACUAUAUGUUUUGUAUUAUUGUGUCGAGUUAUCAAUGAUGUGCAUGUGCAUUUUUGGUAACAAUGUGCUCUCUAAGUACUAUUAUCCGUAUCUCAUUACAAAUUGUUUUUAUUUUUGUGACCUUUCUCAAUUGGAAUAAAAUCCAAAGUAACCAAUUAAUAGUUUCGUAAUGUGUUAGAAACAGUCAAAAUACUACAACAUCCUUAUUAAACAGUUUAUAUUAAACACAUAUCUGGACUUAUUUACCUAUCAAUAAAGAAAUACCUGUCAACUAGUAACAUUUA